GCGAUAACAAAGUAUUGCAUACUUUGAAUUUGUCUAAUAAUUAUGUGGAAACAUUGGAUGAAUUCGAGGAGUUGGCAAAUUUGGACGAACUUUCGGUUUUGGAUUUGGCAAAUAAUCAUAUCGACGAUCCGCUUAUUGUGACAGUUUGUGGUGAAAUGAAGAAUUUGCGCGUGUUGAAUCUAAUGGGAAAUCCGGUCAUAAGGAAAAUACCUUCAUAUAGAAAAACCAUGAUUUUAGCAUGCAAAAAUUUGCAUUAUUUGGAUGAUAGGCCUGUUUUUCCAAGAGAUCGGGCUUGCGCUGAAGCUUGGGAACGUGGAGGAUCAGCCGAAGAAUGCGCCGAAAGGAAAAGAUGGAUUGACCGGGAACGGCAACGUAUAAUGAAUAGUGUUAACGCCUUGAUCGAGAUGAGGGAUCGUCGACGUGCUCAACAGCAACCGGAUUCUGGAUUUGGAACUUCUGUUCAUGAUUCUGAAAGUGAAGCAGAGAAUGUGUCCAUGGAAGGUGUCAGAGUUCAAGAUUCUGAAAGUGAAGCAGAUGCUGUAUCUGUAGAAGGUGUCAGAGUUCAAGAUUCUGAAAGUGAAGCAGAUGCUGUGUCUAUAGAAGGUGGCAGAGUUCGUGGUAUUUAUUAUGAAGGAAUAGAAGAUGAGCAACAACAACAAUUGCUUGAACCCAUUGCAAAUAAUAGAAACGAAGAUAGGUCAAGUUCAUCCGCUGAAUCUGUUUCGGAUUCAGAGAGUAGUGAUGAUGAGGACAACUUUAUGAAUGAUAGGCAGACCACUGAGGACUACUCCAAUUAUCGCGAAAAUAUCUUCGAUUUUUCUCCGAGGUCUUCAAGCAAUGCUCCCAGAAAAUUGAUAGAGGAAGUGAUUGUGGAUGCUACCGUCGAAGAGAUUGCAAAUGAAGAAGCGCGUAAAGUUAGAGAAAUUAAGUAUGAUCAGAUGUCUUCGUUUGGUAAAUCGUAUAAAACGGCAGAGAAUAUUGAAGAAGUAAAGCCGAAAUUAAUAGAAACUACGAUUGGUGGAGUUGCACCGGGAAAAUUGGGUGGAGGAUCGGAGUGGACUGUACUUAAAAAUCAAGAAGAAUGUGAAAUGAUAAAUUCAGAAGUAGCGUGUCCUAAUGAAUUACAAUUAGAGAAUUUGAUAAUUCCAACAGAAUCCACAAUUGUAAUAUCUGAGAAAGAUAAAGAAAUGGAUUUGGAAAAUCAGGAGGAAAGUAUUAAAUCAACAACUAUAUUAAUAGAAACUGAAGAUACUUCAAUCAAAAUCGAUGAAAAAUAUAAUAAGAUUACUUCUAUGGUUGAUCAUGAAAUAGUUACAAAAGAUAGUGAAGAUAUUUUAAUCACAGUAGACAAAAUUAUUACUUUAAAUACAGAAGAUUUUAAUAUUUGCAAGCUAUUGAAGUCAUCAGAAUUAGGUAAUAUAGCACCUGAAGACAAUAGUAAAUAUAACAAGAUUUUCAAAGAUGAAGAUAUUAUGUGUGAAAUUGUAACUAGUGAUGAAUUGAAAGAUGACAAGAAUGAAAAGUCAUCUGUAAAUGCAGAAGCUGUGAAUGAAGAAAUUGAACUAGAUAUAUUGGAUUCAACUGAAUCUAUAGAAGAAGUAAAUAACAAUUUUCAAGAAAUCUUCCAAGAGGAUGAGGAAACAAUACGUGAUGCUUUCAAAGAUUAUGAACUCAAUCUGUAUACAGCAGAAGAAUUUGAAGAAGAUAUUAAAAAAGUGGAAGAAUUCGAUGGAAAAAAACAAAAUAUUGCAGCGGAUGGAAAUGAAGUUGAAUCUGAAUUUGAUGCUUCAUAUAUGUGUGAUAGUCAUGGAAAUAAUAAUUUGGAAAUGAAGGAAAGUCAAGAUCUUGCAUUAAAGGAGCAAACAGUAGGUAGAAAUGAAAAUGAUGAAAAGAGCGAUGACGAAGAAUGCAUUACGAAUCGUAUGGAAUGUGAAAGAAGAUUAUUAGAAUUGCUGAAAGAGCAAGAAGAUGAGUGCGCAUUUUAUCGCAAGUUGGAUCGGGAUUCGCAAAUGGAAGCGCCCGACGUUGUCGUGAAUGACAAUUACGAUGAUGAUGCAAUCAUCGAUUUGGUGGAGAGGCCAAAACGGGAAGAGAUUCGGAAACCCAACGAAGAACAGAUCCGUGGAAGAUGGCGUGAAUUCAGCGAAGAUUUGCGUGAAUUGUUGCAGUGGGAUUUGAAGAGUCUAAAGAAACGUGAAAAUAUAAUUGUUCCUCUGCCAUUGAAGAAUAAAUACGCGAAGAUCGAAGAUGAAGAUGAUGAAGAGGACGAACAAUACGAAAUUGAACAGAAAUAUAGUAAAGUUAGUUUUAGUACGAUUAACUAUGACAAGAUAAAGCACGAGGCUACUAAUAAUAACGCUGAGGUGAUAAUCAGUAAGAUAUCUGGUAUUCGAAGUGAUUUGAAAGGAUUCGUAGAGGAAUUGGAUAAGUUCACCGGGAAAUUUCAUAAGCAAUACGAGAGUCUCGUCGAUAAGUACAACAAGAAUUGGCAGGAGAAUGGAAAAUUGGCGGAGAUUCGUAAAGUUUUGAAUGCGAAUGGAGGGAUGCUCUUGGAUGAGGAUCGAAGAUAUUUGCAGCAAUUGAUUGACUCCAAUAAAAAGAGAAUCAGGGAGGAAGAGGAUGAAGACGUUGAUGAAAAAUACGAGGAAGUGUUUGGAAAACCGGUUACGAAAGCAGAAGUAUCGGAAGGUAGUGGAAAUGAUGUCACUCCUCAAAUUGAUGUCUGUAGUAAUAAUGAAGAUGAAACGGAAGAUGGUUUGGUGAAAACGAACAAAAUUAUUUGUAGUUUGGAAAUGCAAAUGGCGCAAAACGAAUGA